CACUUUCCUCCUCCGCACUUCAUUUUUUAGAGUUUUUUAGAGCUCAAAGAAAUGCCGGAGGCUUCAAACAACUUGCCCCCCGAACCUGAUAGCCUAAUUGGUAGUUCCCAUGAGAAACAUGAACGGGCAUUGCAGUAUAUUGAACAAGUUACAGCUCAUGCCGAUCAAGUUCAACGUCGAGUUCUUACUGAAAUUCUCUCCGCAAAUGCCCAUGUUGAGUACCUACGCCAUGGCCUCGACGGAUAUAUGGAUACGAAGACGUUCAAGAAGACGAUGCCCGUUGUCUCUUACGAUGACAUAAAACCAUACGUCGAUCGAAUUGCGAAUGGCGAUCCAUCUCCAAUACUAUGUUCAAAACCCAUAUCGGAGUUCUUAACCAGUUCGGGAACUUCAGGGGGAGAGAGAAAGCUAAUGCCAACAACAGAAGAAGAGCUGGAGAGAAAAUCAUUGCUUUAUUCCCUUCUGAUGCCUGUGAUGAACCAGUUCAUUCCAGGAUUGGACAAGGGCAAAGGAAUGUACUUUUUAUUCGUAAAAUCUGAGUCCACAACUCCUGGAGGGCUACUUGCACGUCCAGUUCUCACCAGCUACUACAGAAGCCCACACUUUAAGGACCGCCCCUAUGAUCCCUACAACCAAUACACCAGCCCUAAUGAAACAAUUCUUUGCACAGAUUCAUACCAGAGCAUGUACUCCCAGUUUCUAUGUGGGCUGUGCCUCAGCAGGGAAGUUCUCCGAGUUGGUGCUGUUUUUGCUUCUGGGUUCAUUCGUGCCAUCAAAUUCCUUGAAACUCAUUGGCUCCUUUUGUCUAAUGAUAUCAGAACAGGAACCAUAAACCCUAGAAUCACUGACCCAUUAGUGAGACAAUCUGUCUUGAACAUUCUGAAACCUGACCCUGAGCUUGCGGAUCUGAUUGAAUCUGAGUGCAGUAAAGGGACGUGGGAAGGCAUCAUAAGUAGGCUGUGGCGGAAUACCAAGUAUAUUGAUGUUAUUGUGACGGGUACCAUGUCACAGUACAUCCCAACUUUGGAUUACUAUAGUAAUGGCCUUCCCCUUGUUUGUACUAUGUAUGCUUCUUCCGAGUGCUACUUUGGCAUCAAUUUAAAUCCCUUGUGUAACCCAAGUGAGGUCUCUUACACCCUCAUUCCCACCAUGGCGUAUUUUGAAUUUUUGCCUCUUGAUGGGACAAAUGGAUUUGGCUACUCCAGUACUUGUCAAUCAGAGGCCAAUCAGAAAACAGACCAAGAGCUGGUUGAUCUGGUGGAUGUCCAAUUAGGAAAAGAAUAUGAGCUGGUUAUCACCACUUAUGCAGGGCUGUAUCGAUAUCGAGUCGGGGACAUUCUUCGAGUAUCGGGAUUCAAGAACAACGCCCCACAGUUCAACUUCGUAUGCAGGAAGAAUGUGAUUCUCAGUAUUGAUUCGGACAAAGUUGACGAAGUGGAGCUUCAAAACGCAGUAAUGGAAGCCUCUAAGAACUUAAUUCCAUAUGGGGCUUGUGUGGUCGAGUACACGAGCUACGCUGACACUGUCACAAUUCCAGGCCACUAUGUCAUCUAUUGGGAGAUCAGCCUAAAGGAAGCAACCGCCAAUAAUAAUAAUGUUAUUCCUGGUUCGGUAUUUGAAAAAUGUUGUCUUUCGAUGGAGGAAUCACUCAACAGCGUGUACCGCCAAGGAAGAGUCUCAGAUAAAUCCAUUGGUCCUUUAGAGAUGAAGAUUGUGGAGACAGGGACGUUCGAUAAACUCAUGGACUAUGCCCUCAAUCAUGGUGCUUCCAUAAACCAAUACAAGACACCUCGCUGUGUGAAACAUGCACCAAUUCUCGAGCUUUUGAACUCGUACGUUGUGGACAAUUAUUUCAGCCCAAAAUGUCCCCACUGGGUUCCUGGUCGUAAAGAAUGGUCCACCAACAACAGUUAAAA